AUCCUCUUGAGAAAAAAACAAAAAUAAUGAGCUCUGACUUGCCCCGAAAGCAAUGGCCGCUCGCUAACAUCUUGGGAAGUGCCUUUUGAUGCUUUUGAUGGAAUAACUCGACUCUUCUGCCUGCAUUCGGCUCCAUCACCGCCACCAUGGCAACUAAUAGCGACGCAUACUCGUCGCUUGCAGACGAGGACAACUGGGACAACGGCCCUGAGGUCAACAUGGCCAGGGCCACUCUUAUGGGCGGACACCUAGUCUUUUGGCUGAAAUCGUGCCUUGUCGACUCUGACCUUCUGCAAAGUUUUGAAGACAUGAUAGACGGUCCGCUUUUGUACGAAGUUCUCCAAAGAAUAGAUCCUGAUGGAAAUCCCUCGACUGAAGUGCAAGAGUCACACGGUGACCCAAAUGUCCGUCUUAAAAACCUCGACAUCAUUGUCAACGGCCUCAAGGUCUUUUACGAGAAGGAGGGCCAGGGCGCUGUGCUGCUGUCUGUCCCCGACAUCUCCCUGCUGGCUAUGAAUUCAGACGAUGCAGAUCAGGAAGUCGCAGCCGAGGCUCGACUGCUGCUGGUGCUUCUGCUUGGUGCAGCUGUGCAGUGCCACGAGAAGGAGAAUUUUAUUUUGAAGCUUAAAUCGCUUCCUGUUGACAUGCAGCUAAAAAUUGUCGAAAAUAUCAAAGAGGUGACGGAGAAUGGCAGUGUGGUGCUGUGUGGUGAGCUCGAGACCGAGCAGAUGUCAGCUCUGUACAAGAUGGCCAAAGACCGAGACCGCUUCAUGAGCCAGUACAUUCGUCUGCUGGCCAAAGACGGACGCGAGGAUGGCGCCUCGAGACGCAGCAUGUCUAUCGACGAGAACACUAAUGCGAUGCACCACGUCGUAGAAAUCGCCGAGUGGAAGUCUAAGCUGCGAAGGAAAACGCAGGAAUUAGAGGAGAAAGCAGAGGCAUUCAUGGAGUGCAGAGAAGAACUGGAGAACACAAAAGAACUUGUCAGCAAACUGAAGCAGGAGGUUUCAGAUUUAAGUUCCUCGGCCAGGUCGGCAAAAAUGUACAGAGACGAGCUUGACGCUGCUAGGCUGAAAGCUGAAAGGUGCGAACGAGUGGAGGCAGAAUUGGGAAGGGCCAGGGACAAACUGCGCGAUUUAGAAUUCUUAAAGUCGCUUACUAGUGAGCUCCAGAGUGACAACAGGUUGCUCGUAGACCGUACACAAGAUCUUGAGGAGCAGCUGUCAAGAGCAAGAGCGCGUUCCGAGGCCAUCAUCGACCUGGAGGCGCAGAUUGCUCGGCUGAAGCAAUCACACAGCGAUAAUAACCAGGAGAGGGAGGAGCUGCACGAGAAAAUCAGAGAGCUAACCGAGGAGAACACCCAAUUGCAGUUGCGCCAACUCUCGCUUAGCCGAUCCGAUCCAAUAAAUGGAAGUCAAGAAUUGGAUACAAACCUCAAUGACGGAGUUGGAACAGGAGGCAGUUUGCUGGAGCAGCUUCAGACCAGUGCACAGAGCGAAGUGGUCAAGCUAAAGAUGGAAAACUCGAGGCUCCGAGCUGAGCUAGAAUCGAUGAAGGAAAAUCUGUCCCUGGAGACUGCCAGUCUGCAAACUGCUCUGGAUAAUGAGAAGAAAAAGUCGGCAUACAAGGUUGAGGAAAUCCUGUCUUCAGAAAGGGUGCAUCGGCAGCUGCAGUCAACGCUGGAGGAGACGGUACGCGAGCUGACAAACGAAAAGAAGGAGCUUAGCGCGCAGCUGCAAGAUUCGGCCAUCCAGUCGCAGAAGCUGGCGACGGAGCUGCAGGAGGCCAAGCAGCACAUCGUCGAGGUAUCUGACAAGGUUUCGCACCUUGAGUCGGUGCAGAGGGCCAACGAGGUGCUGUGGGACGCCGAGCGGACGAAACAUACGACUGGACAGAGGGAGCUGCUGAUGCUGCGCACCGAGAAGGAGCGAGCCCUGGAAAACCUGGCCACCAAGACGGCCCUGCUUGACACUGAAAUCGCCAAGAGACGCGAGUUCGAGAACAAAUCCACGGAGCUGAAGGCCGCCCUCAAGGUUGCCAAGGAUACUGUCCAGAGAUCUGCUGAAUUCGAGCAGCAAAUGAACGAAGUUAUUAUACAACGAAACCUGUUAGAUGAUUCACUGAAGAAUUUGCAAAACAACUUGACGCAGGAGAAGAUAGACAAGGAGAAAUUAGUUAGCCAGCUUGAUUCGGUUUACAACACCAUCAAACAAAUUGCCAACUGUGAAAACCUCGACCGUGGCGUGCUGACAGACUAUGAGGCUUUGCUCUCGCAGUUGGCGCACAACCCUGACCUGAUCAACACCCUGAAGGAAAAGCAGAAGGGCAUUACAGAGGGUGAAUUCAGCGUGGACUCUCCGACCGAGGCAGAACAGCAGGCUGUAAUUGAUGCUAAUAAGAGGCUGCAAGAAAUUGCCGAGCUACAGGUGCACAUUUCAUUGCUCGAGUCGCAGAUUGCGUCACUUUUGAAUCAACAAACGGCGCAACAGCUUGCAAACUCGCAGCUCGCCGCUGAGAAGGAAGAGCUGAGUCAGCAGCUGGAGAGCCAGGUGGCCCAAAACGGGCAGCUAUCACAGGACUUGGCAAAUCUGCAGAAAAUCCACGAAACCCUCAGUGCCGAGUACGAAGCGGCGAGAAACGAGCGUGAAUCCACCAGGACCGAGCUCAAAGCGGCCCAAAAGGAGCUCAAGGCAGCCACGGAGCAGAUAAGUGCGCUUAAAAUUACCAAUCGAGACCAGGAGCUACUCAGGAUCGAUGCCAAGACGCUUGCUAACCUUCGGGCAGAGCAUUCCAAACUUAAGGAGGACUUCAGGCAGCUAUUUUCUGCGUCUGAGAGGCUGAAAAUGGAGGCGAGGUCGAGAGACGACGAGAUGCGGAGGUCCCGCGUAGAGUUGGGCACUGCCAGACUGAACACCAGGCAGCUGACGACAAGCCUUGAAAAUGAAAAAGAGGUGAACGCCAGACUGAGUGCCAGACUUACGAGAGUGGACACCAAACUCCAGUUGCUGGUUGGAGUCGCCCACUCGCUGGAAGAGGACCGACGCAGUCUGAUGAGCCACGUCACCUCUCUUCUCAGCCAAUACCACGAACUGCUGUCCAACUCAAUGGAGGACAAAGAGUUCUUUCACAGCCAGGAGAAAAUAUUCCUGGAACGGCUUAAUGGUUUGAUGCGGCAAAAGGAGAAUCUGGAGCAGAAAAUUAUGGAUCACUACAGAAGGCUGGAGAGCUGCUCAACCAAAAAGAAGGGGUUUGGUGCAAAUUUGGUGAAGAAAGUGCGCAAAGCAAGUUCAGAUAUCAUCAGCAAAGUGCCGCGCGGCCGCAGUAGAAGCCGCAACGAGGCGGCUGACACGUCGGCCAGCUCAGAGGUGAAUACGACGCUUGAGUCGGAACACAGCUCGGACGACACCAUGUCAGACCACGGCAGCGCCUUGCCCAUCGACUCGGACACGGACACCUCACUAAGCACCGUCGGCACCAGACGAGCCAUUUACUACGAAGACCACCCCUCCUCCGUGUUGCCUGAGGCUCUGGACAACCAAACCAGCGAGCAGAAAGAGAGAAACAUUUUGGUGUUCAACAAGAUUUCAGCGGUGGUAGGCACGACGAACAACGUGCAGCAGCAGUCGGCGGCCAACAACAGCCACGACGAGCAGCAGCAGCCGCAGCCCAAACCCGAGAGCUCCGUUUGGUACGAGUACGGGUGCGUCUGACAUUCGGCCCAGCCUCGCAUUCCUAAUCAAAAGCCGAAACAGGGCAGCACGCACGCCGUUUCCCCCGACUGAACUUUCGAGGUGGUGAUUUCCCGUUCGUAGUCUGAUAGUUACCCCAAAAGCCGCUCCACACCGGUGCUACCACAACCACACAAACUCUCAGCUCACUCGAGUGCCUUUUGAGUUUUAGUUUUUUAAAUAAACGCCGCGUCGACUAACACGUAAUGCACAAACUACUACGCCUUGCGAUUUCCUAAUUUUUUAACGAGAAACUAUUUAUUGUUCAUUGGUCUCUUGUUACGCCGAGUAUUCAAGUGCAAUAUUUGCAUGCUAGACGUAAUUUCGCUCUUGCAAAGGUGUUUGCAUCGUUUCUAAAUAGUUUGUAAAUCGGGAAAAUGGGAGGAAAUUUUGUGCAAUUAAGAAAACUGGACGUUUCCAGAAAAUGAAAACAUUAUCAGUAUUUUGAAUCCAACUUUCGGACACGCUGGACUGAUUUUAGUAACAAUAUAUUUGUGAGAAUGUCAAAUUGUGAACAAAUGCUGUUCAAAACAAUCUUUCGCUUUAAAUUUUACGAGUAUGUAACACAAAGUUGGCAGAAAUCUAAUCUCAAAACGAGAUUAAAGCUGUUUUGUGAAUUUUUACGAACUUACAACAAUGCCGCCUUGGUAAGAGUUCUAAACUAACGUUGCACUCUUGUCACGAAAUUGUAUCAUUAGAGUUUUAAAAAACUAAUCUUAGGUUAAUUCACGCUGGGGCCAAUUUUGAAGCGCAUCUUUCCACGCCUGUCGUCGUUGAUUAAUUAAUUUUUCCUUUGUCGAGGUUCGCUUAAGAGAUUUUGACACACGGGAUACGAGUACUUAUUAUUAUUAGAAAGGUCCUUUUGGCAGCUGCGAUGAAAUUUGAUUAAAAAAAAAUUGUGCCUUUUACUGUAUAGAAAGUUGUGUAAGUAGUGUGAAAAGUAGUGAUCUCCUUUUGUUAUUUCUCUCUGCGUCACUUCUGUUUUAAAAAGCGUUGCACCAUCCUUUUAUAAAUUGACACUGUACACAUUUUUUGGACAAUAUAUAGUGCGCAAGAAAAUCGUGGUGUUUUAUU